AUGAGGGAGCGCGCGAUGCCUCGGAGGCCUCGCCUGGAGGCCUCGCCCCCGCGGCCUGCGGAGGCCGGCGGCGGCGCCGGCGGCGGCGGCGGCAUCGGCGGCGGCGGCGGCGGCGGCCCUCGAUCCUCGAAACCGGCGCUGUGUUGUCUUAGCUGGCCCUCUUCCGAUGACAUGGCCACGGUGCGCCACGGUGUGCUGCGGUAUCAGCAGCACGCGGUGCCGGUACCGUUAGCCGUGCCUGAUUGCUGCCGCUGGCACUGGUACUGCCCGUGCAGUAGCGGGACUCUGCUGGAUCUAUUGGAGAGCGUCGUUGCCAUGUAG